AUGGAUAUGGGAACUUCACUUCUGACUAAGUCGAAGAGUCCACUUACUAUCGAGUCCCAUUUCAUGCACCCAGACCAUCCCCUCCACCUCGUCGACAUAGACGUCGACUUUGAGUGUGACGGUUGCAAUGGCCCCUGUCACAGUCGGAGGUACCGCUGCUUCCUCUGCACCGGCGAGCACCUCUUCGACCUCCACGAGCAGUGCGCCACGUGCCCCUCCUCCCUCUCCUGCGACUUCCACCCGAUCCACUCCCUCACCCUCGUCGUGAGCCACAUCUCGUGCGGGCCCUGUGCUCUCUGCGGGGACGACGUCCUCGGCCUCCACUACACGUGCAGCAGCGGGCCCGCCAAGGGCUGCACCUUCAACAUACACCCGCUGUGCACGGAGCUCCCAACGAGCGUCCACCACGCGCUGCACCCCCACCACCUCCUCACCCUCCAGCCAUCCUCCUCUGGUGGCUGCUGCCUGGCGUGCAGCUGUCCGUGCCUCGACCGCUGGCGGUACCGCUGUGCCCCAUGCGGAGUGGAGGCACACCUCGAGUGUGCAUUCGGGCAGAGCCCUCAGCAGAGGCAGCGGGCAGUCAUGGGCCAACCUGCAGCAGCGACAUCGCCGGUGUUCUCGUAUUACCUGAACGGGUGCUCCUAUGUGGUGCCCGCUGGGGUCCCUAAUCCCUAUACAGCCUAUAAUCCCUAUGCAGCCUAUAAUCUCUAUACAGCCUACAAUCCCUAUACAGCCUAUAACUAUAAUAUGUACCAGCCGGCCCUUAAUUAUUAUUAUUAUCAAGGGCAAACUGGGAAUUAUAAUCAUAAUUAUCAGCAGGGACAGCAGCAGCAGCAAUGGCCAGGAUGUUCGACUUCGUCAAGCAGCAACAGUGGGUCGAGUAUUAUGGGCAGGAUUUGCUCCAUUGUAGGCACUGUUGCCCUUCAAACAGCAACCGCAGCGAUCAUCGGCGCCAUCUUCUAG